AUGUCAAAAGACAAAAGUGUCGUCUACUACUAUCAUCCAGAAGUUGGGAAUUUUCAUUAUGGUCCACGCCAUCCCAUGAAACCACAGCGCCUGGCCGCUUUGAACAAUCUUGUAGUACACUAUGAACUUGACAAAAAGAUGGAGAUGCGGCUAAGCCCUAGAGCAAGUGCCAUUGACAUAAGGCGGUUUCAUUCGAAAGAAUAUGUGGAUUUCCUCGAAAGGAUAUCACCACAUUGUGCUGAGGAGUAUGAACAUGUUUUCGCAAAAUUCAAUAUAGGAGAAGAUUGUCCCAUAUUUGACGGCAUAUUUGAGUUUUGCUCAAUUUAUACGGGAGGAUCAUUAGAAGGCGCUCAGCGCCUCAAUCAUAAAGUGUCAGAUAUAGUCAUUAACUGGAGUGGUGGAUUACAUCAUGCAAAAAAGGCUGAAGCCAGUGGUUUUUGUUAUGUAAACGAUAUAGUUAUCGCUAUAUUGGAACUUUUAAAAUAUCAUAAACGGGUACUGUACAUAGAUAUCGAUAUUCAUCAUGGAGAUGGAGUUCAAGAGGCAUUCAAUUUCACUGAUCGUGUAAUGACAGUCUCAUUCCAUAAGUAUGGGAGUUUGUUCUUCCCGGGAACAGGUAGCAUAUAUGAUCUCGGACAAGGGACCGGUCGAUAUUUCGCUGUUAAUGUACCCCUACAGCAAGGAAUCGAAGACGAAGAUUACUUAUCCGUAUUUCGGCCAAUUAUUGGGCAAGUUGUCGAGAAUUUUGCUCCUGAAGCUGUUGUGCUACAGUGUGGUGCAGAUUCGCUUGGUUGCGAUCGACUUGGUUGCUUUAAUCUUUCGUUUGAUGGACACGCUGAGUGUGUACGAUAUGUGAAAAGCCUUGGAAUCCCGAUGCUCGUCUUGGGUGGUGGAGGGUACACUUUGAGGAAUGUAGCUAGAUGUUGGGCAAAUGAAACUGGUGUCUUACUCGACGUUGAAAUGACCAAUGAGAUUCCCGAAAAUGCUGGUGAGCGCAGUGUUGCAGUACAUUGUUUGCACCCCACAUAG